AUGUGGUUCAACCCCAGCUUUGACUUCGUCGCUUACGCUCCAACAUCAAGCUACGAAGAAGUCGAAGCUUUCUAUAUGGACUUGGAGAAGUUCUACAGGGAACAGUUAUCAACGUACACAUUUCCUAAGGACAUUCUGACAGCCGCUUUGGAUACCUAUCGGUGUUCACCCCGACACUUCCAGGUUCCUGGACAUGUUUCAGCGCAGAGUAAUAUAAAUGCCGGACCAGGAAGAAGCUUAGCGAUGCGGAUUCCUUCACAAAGUGCAUCCAUGAAGCUAAGGGAAACGCUCCCGGUUUUAUUGCCGCAGAAGAAGUUUGCCUUCGCAUCUGCGGAAACAAAAUCUGCGUGCGAUUCUGUAUUUGUCGUCUUAGAAGGAAGUUGCGUCGUCAACUGCAACAAAACCGCGAUAACGAGUGGACGUCGAGAUAGAAGGAGUUUGAAAAGGCAGAUCUUAGAUGGCCUUGCUCCACAACGCUGGGGACUGAUCCUUGAAGAACUUCUCGGCUGCCUUUUUGAUGUUGCGGAUUUGGAAGUCUUGCCCUUCUAG